UGAACACAGCAACAAGACAACCAAAAUAAAGUGAGCACAACAAACCCGGAGAGCAUGAUGGCGGCGUCGCUGCUACGCCGGGACAAGAAAACCACAGCCGCCCAUCUGAAGGCAGACCUCAGGCGGACUGACAACAGCUCAGGACAGCGGCAGCUGCAGGAGCUGCUAGAUAGUGUGCUGAAUCCGGAGCGGGGAUCGGACCCGGAGGCUCUGGAGUGGUGUAAAUGGCUGCUUGCCGGAGGGGAAGGGUUCGACGAGUUCUGCCGGACCGUCCGAUCCUACGAUAAUGCCACCCUUUGCGGGCUGGUGUGGACCGCUAACUUCGUGGCGUACCGCUGCCGGACGUGCGGCAUAUCCCCGUGCAUGUCGCUGUGCGCGGAGUGCUUCAAUAACGGCGAUCACACGGGCCACGAUUUUAACAUGUUCCGGAGUCAGGCCGGCGGGGCCUGCGACUGCGGGGACGGGAACGUGAUGAGAGAGAGCGGGUUUUGUAGUAGGCAUCGAUUAAAAACAGGCGAGAAUGUGCCAUUGGUCCCACGAGAUUUGCUGCUCAUGUCUGAGAUGGUUCUGCCACGGUUUAUCAUCACUAUCAUUCAGUACCUGAGGGAUGGCUACGUUGAACCCGAGUCUGCUGCCGACAGAGACCUCCAGAAAGUUCUUCAGCAGUUAGAGCCGCAAAUAUCUUUCUUAGAGGAGCUCACCAAGAUGGGCGGGGCCAUGCGCACAGUUCUCACCAAGAUCUUAACCAAUCAGCAGACCUUUAAGGAGCUGAGCAUGGGUCAAGGAGAAAAUGUUUAUGCAAAGAAGAACUAUGAAAAGUAUUUAUCAGCAUUGAAGACUUCAGGUUUGGUGUCAGCGGAGGAGAGGGGGUCAGGAGGAGCUGCAGCGGGGGCAACUGAAUCUCCAGGAGGAGCGCUCUGUCUACUGGGUGCCACUGCUGCCACCAGUAUUGAGGACUCUAGCAAAGAGGAGGAUCAGGAUGGACUGCAGGGUGUGGGCCAAAGGAAACGAGUGAAGCUCAGUAGCAGUACCAAAGAUCCGUCUAUAAUGGACACCUUAAAACAUAAAUGUUUUUUAGAAGAAUUAUUGUUUUGGACUAUCAAGUAUGAGUUUCCACAGAAGAUGGUCACGUUUCUGCUCAACAUGUUGCCUGAUCAGGACUACAAGAUCACCUUCACUAAAACGUUCGUCCAGCACUAUGCCUUCAUCAUGAAAACCCUCAUGAAGAGCCACGAGUCCGACACCAUGUCCAACCGCAUCGUUCACAUCAGCGUGCAGCUCUUCAGCAACGAGGAGCUGGCGAGGCACGUGACAGAAGAGUGUCAGUUACUGGACAUCAUGGUCACUGUGCUUCUCUACAUGAUGGAGAGCUGCCUUAUCAAGAGUGAACUGCAAGAUGAGGACAAUAAUCGUCAUGUGGUUGUGAACUGCGGUGAAGCUCUGCUGAAGAAUAACACCUAUUGGCCUUUAGUUAGUGAUUUUAUUAACAUCCUCUCACAUCAAAGUGUGGCCAAGCGUUUUCUAGAGGAUCAUUCACUUCUGCUGCUCUGGAUGAGUUUCGUCUCUUUCUUUCAAGGAAUGAAUCUGAAUAAGCGAGAACUGAAUGAGCAUGUGGAGUUUGAGUCGCAGACGUAUUACGCAGCAUUCGCAGCUGAACUGGAGGCCUGCGCUCAGCCCAUGUGGGGUCUUCUCACCCACUGCAGGGUUAAAGAGACACAUGAGUACACAAAGACGGUGGUGCGCUAUUGUCUGGAGACCCUUCAGAUGUGGUUUGACGCCAUUGGAUUUGUAGAUGAGCCUUCACUUAACCAGCUGACCUUUCAUUUACCUCUGCACAGAUAUUACGCUAUGUUCCUCAGCAAGGGAGUGAAAUGUCAGGGUCUGGAUCUGGACAGUCUGCUUCCUGAUCAAGAGAUGCUGAUGAAGAUCAUGGUUCAUCCUCUUCAGAUACAGGCCAGCCUUUCUGAAAUCCACAGUAACAUGUGGGUGAGAAAUGGACUGCAGAUUAAAGGUCAGGCGAUGACCUAUGUCCAGUCUCACUUCUGUAACUCUAUGAUCGACCCGGACAUUUAUCUUCUGCAGGUUUGUGCAUCUCGACUAGAUCCAGAUUACUUCAUAUCCUCUGUGUUUGAGAGGUUUAAGGUGGUGGAUCUAUUGACUAUGGCCUCUCAACAUCAAAACACUGUGCUGGACUCAGAACAGGAGAGACCCAUGCUGGAGGGCGCGCUCACCUUCCUGGUUAUACUGACUAGUCUCAGGAUACACUUGGGAAUGUCCGAUGAUGAAAUCUUGAGAGCAGAGAUGGUUUCACAGUUGUGUAUGAACGAUCGUACCCAUAGUUCCCUGCUGGAUCUUAUCCCGGAGAAUCCGAACCCUAAGAGCGGUGUGGUGCCGGGCAGCUGUAGUUUUGAGGAGAUGUUGUCUGGUGUAGCUGAUUUUAAAGCUCCAGUGUUUGAACCCGGAGGAUCCAUGCAGCAGGGCAUGUACACACCUAAAGCUGAAGUGUGGGAGAAGGAGUUUGACCCUAUAAUGGUGAUUUUACGCACAGUGUACCGCAGAGAUGUGCAGUCAGCUAUGGAUCGAUAUGCUGCAUUUUUAAAACAGUCAGGCGUUCAUACGGGUAACCCCUGGCCACCCUAUAAGGAGAGGACUCCUCUUCAUCCAUGCUAUAGAGGACUGGUGCGACUGCUACACUGCAAAACACUGCAUAUCGUCAUCUUUACACUGCUUUAUAAGAUCUGGAUGGAUCAUCAAAACAUGUCAGAGCAUGUGUUGUGUAUGGUGCUGUAUCUUAUAGAACUGGGACUUGAUAACCAGAUUCAGGAAGACAAAGUGGAGGAGGAACCGUGCAUUGAGGAGCACUGUCACGAUAGCUGGUUUCCAGGCACCAGUCUGCUGUCUAACCUCCAUCACGUCAUCAACUACGUACGGGUUCGAGUGCCAGAGACGGCCCCUGAGGUAGAGAGAAAGAGAGAGAGAGAAAGGGAGAGAGAGACACCUGCUAGCACCAGCACAGAGAGCAGCACCUUUGGACAGACUUCCAGAAGGCUGACAGGAAAUUGGAGAGAGAACCUGCGUGAAGCUCAGGUGUUCAGUCUGGUGGCGGAGCGCCGGAGGAAGUUCCAGGAGAUCAUAAACCGCAGCAACCACGAGGCCAGUCAGGCGGUGCGGCCCAAGUCGUCGUCAUCACGCUGGCUGCCGCCGGGCUCGCCUCCGCAGCUGGUCACGGAGAUCCUGGAGAUCCGCGAGAGCAUGCUAUCGCUCCUGGUCAAGGUGCAUCAGAAACUGUCUGCCAAACAGAACUCUCUGUCUUUCAGCCGGCUGUCCGAGGUAGAUCCUGCACAGCACUCGCACGGUGACGGCAUAACGGCCAUCGAAAGAAUUCUGGCCAAGGCCGUCGCCCGCAGUCGGCACAGUAAGAGAUGCCUGCAGGACAUUUGUGGGAAAGUAUGUCCACCCAUACCGCCCAAGAAGAACAGUCCUGGAGAUAAGAAGAGUAUGGAUAAAGAAGAGAGGCGUCAAAGGGCCAGAGAGAGACAGCAGAAGCUUCUGGCAGAAUUUGCCUCCAGGCAGAAGAGCUUCAUGGAAACCGCCAUGGAUGUUGAGUCACCUGAGGCAGAUGCAGUGAUGGACGUGGGCUCAUCAGAACCUCUGGACUCUGAGGUUCUGUAUGACUGUGUGAUCUGUGGUCAGAGCGGACCAUCCACUGAAGACAGACCCACAGGACUGGUGGUACUGUUGCAGGCUUCAUCAGUGUUGGGACAUCGUUGUCGUAGUGAGACACCAAAGUGUUUGCCCACUACAGAUGAAGAACAUAUCUAUCCCGAAGACACGUGUGGAGCGGCCCAUGAUGUUAGACUAUCUGUUAUGCAACGCUACUUUAAAGAUAGUUCCUGUCUGCAAUCAGUGUCUAUUGGCUGGGACGGUGGUGUGUAUGUGCAAACGUGUGGCCACACCUUACAUAUAGACUGCCACAAAUCAUACAUGGAGUCAUUACGGAAUGAUCAAGUUCUGCAGGGCUUUUCGGUGGAUAAGGGCGAGUUCACCUGCCCGCUGUGUCGUCAGUUCGCCAACAGUGUUUUGCCAUGUCGGCCCGGGCGUGGUACGGAGACUGGCAUCUGGCACGCGCCUAGCAACAAGAGCAUGGCCACGCUGGUGAAGGAAGUGGAGGACCUUCAGGAGCAGCUGGGCAUUUUCCCAGUAAGGGCCAGCGUAAAGCAAAGAGAUCCUAUACUGGCCGAGUCGAAUCUGAGUAAAGAGAUGGAGUCGGUUAUUAAAGACAUCAAAAACACUACGCAGAAGAAAUACAUGGAUUAUGGGAAGAACCCAGGGUCACCUGAUAAUGAUUUCCUGUUUAUGUACUCUGUGGCCAGAACAAAUCUGGAGUUGGAGCUGGUUCAUCGUGGAGGGAAUCUAUGCAGUGGAGGAGCCAGCGCUGCUGCCAAACGCUCCUGUCUCAAUCAGUUGUUUCAUGUGUUGGCCAUGCACAUGCGUCUCUACAGCAUAGAUUCAGCAUACAACCCGUGGACCCGACUCACACAGACCACACAGAGCAGAGAGCCAGAGUUCUGUGAUGAUGAGCGACCUGAGGUGCCUAUGCUCUUUAGAGAUGUACCAUCCCUCCUCAUCAUCUUCAUACUCACCAUGCCUCAGCCUUUACGCAGAGAGCACUUCACGUGUGUAGUAAAGGUGUUGUACAGUCUGCAGUACACACAGGCUCUGGUCGCUCUGUCCAUCAGAUUCAGCCGAGAGGAGAGACGCGCCUGGAGCCACACUGGAGUUGCCAAAAAGAACACGCCAAACUCCAACAAGUCAUGGGAGUCUCUUCUGGGUCAUGUGAUCUCUGAGCUGACCAAGACCAAAGACGUUUACGACAGCAACUCUGAGGAUUCAUCUGUGCUGAGCUCUAGCGUGUGGUCUCCUCAGUCCAUUGAGUUCAGUCUACAGCAGAUCUGUCUGCCCUUCCUACGGCUGUCCUGCUUACUACAACACCACCUGUAUGGAGACAGCUUACCCGGCUGCCCGGUGGAUGAAGAGUUCUCUCUGCUCACUGGCUGUCUGGGUUUGCAUGCUUCGGUUCAGUCCACUGGGUCUAUGAGCAGUGCGUCUUGUCUGGAGUGGAACGUCAAUGCUUUUGAUCUGAUAUCGCAGUGGUGUUCAGAGGUCUUUAGUCUCGCUGAUACACCCGCUCAGCAGUCUGUGUCUCUUUUAGCUCAGGAUCCUCAGUGGACCGCCCCUCGCCUUCUGCAGCUCCCGGACAAUUACAACACCAUCUUCCAGUACUAUCACAGGAAGUUCUGCACCAGCUGCAAUAAAACACCCAAAGACCCUGCGCUGUGUCUGGUGUGCGGUGCUUUCGUCUGUCUGAAAGGUCACUGCUGUAAGCAGCAGGGGAUUUGUGAAUGUGUGCUGCAUUCCCAACACUGUGGAGCAGCGACGGGUAUUUUCCUCCUGAUAAACGCAUCAGUUAUCAUUAUCAUCCGGGGUCAUCGGUUCUGUCUGUGGGGUUCUGUGUAUCUGGACGCUCACGGAGAGGAGGAUCGAGACUUACGGCGAGGAAAGCCUCUGUAUUUAUGUGAAGAGAGAUAUCGCGUCCUGGAGCAGCAGUGGGUCUCGCACACUUUUGAUCACAUUAACAAGCGCUGGGGUCCCCACUACAAUGGACUUUAAUGAACCGCCCAGAUCCUGCAGAGGACGGGUCACAUGAUGUCAACACCAGCCUCUGUGAUAUCCUCUUCUAAAUUCUGUCGUGUAAUAUAAAGAAAACAUGCGUUAAGUUGGUUUCUGCCAUGGCCUGGGUUUAUGUGAAGUUUAGUGUACAAUCAAGCCUAAUGACUAACAGCGUGUGUGCGUGUGUGUGUGUGUGAAGUGAUUUUCUGUGUGAAUUUCAAAGGAGAAAGUUUGGUUUUGUCCCAACAAGCUCAAAGUAGAAGCACAAUCUUUUGUUAAUCCUGUUGAACAUUCAAAUGUUGGAAAAUGCUGUUCUGUAUUGUUUGGAAAACUGACAUAGUUUUUGAAGAGUGAGACUUUGGGGGGGGAACUGACCAAUAUUAAACAAAUCAUGUACAGAUGUCAAAAUUUAUAAAAAAUUUGAAGGUACUAAGAUGACGAAGAAAAGGGUUCUUGACAUACCCCCAACCCAACCUAUGACCUGUGCAAUGUGUAAUUAUAUCCUUAUAUUAUUUGAGAUUUGACACAUCUCUUAAGAUGGUAGCUCUUUAUAUGCUGAUGUGGGUCGAGCAUGGCAUGAGACAAAAUAUAUCAACAGAUUCGAGCUAAAGCAAGCUUUGUCUCAGAUGUUUAGUUACUGGGCAGUCAUCCUCAGGAAUUUUACUUUGUUUUUGGUUUGUAGUCUCAUAUUGAAGAUUUUAAUAUUUAAAAAAAGUGCUGCUAAUCAUUGUUAAAAAUAGUUAGUUACCUUUUUUUGUAAAAAAAAAUAUUUUUACAAUUUUCAUAUUUUCUCUAAUGAAGGCUCUGUUGAUGAUGAUGCUGGUUGACUGGUCUCUUGAGUUUAUUGUAAAGAUCCCAUUAUAUCUCAUGACUAGGGACAGAUCUAGUUACAAACAUAUCUGUGGCCGUUUCCCUGCCGCCUUUCCCAACUCCAAUGUUUCAAACUUAUAACAGGGAACGUUGUGAAAAUAUCAUAUUCACCUCAGUCAGCUGUCACUCAAAGUCUUUAUUGUCUUUCCUUUAUAUUAAUUACAUGACAAUUGCAAAAUGAAUUGUCCGAUGGUCAGUCUCACUGAGCACUCAGCCCUAGUUUACUCUUGUAUAGAUGUGCAGUGUUCUGAACAAUAAGACUAUAAGAUAAGUUUCAAAUGCUGUCCUAGUGGGUCUGCAGGCUUGGUGCCCAGUUGCAACAUGUUAUGUUUGUAGGUAUAUUAAUGUAAGGGGCUAUCUUUAGGUUUUUCCCUCAGCUGGGUGCCAGAGUCUAAAUUCUCAUCCUUUAGCAAUUUACAGACUAAGAUGUUUUUUUCUUAUUUAGUUUAUUUAUGUGUUAAGGUGAUGAUCUUUCUAUGAAGAUAUCACACAGAUAUUGAAUUUCUAUUCCCGAUCUACUGUGUUCCUGUUAUUGGGAACUCACUUAAUGGUGUAAACCUUUGAAAUCAGACAGAAUGUGUCCUGUUUCUUUGACAAAAUAUUGAUGUUUUAAUGUUAUUGAAAAAAAAUAAGUUGAUCCUCUACACCCACAGCCUUAGAAAAUGCUGGUUUGCCUGUCUAAGGUAAAACAUUGUGGCGUCCCGCAGAGCUCUGUCCUCGGACCAUCACUGAUUUUGCUUUUCAUGUAUUGCAGAGGGCAGUACGCAUAUGUUCAUUAUCUAAAAAUGCAUUAUAUAGAAUCACAUAAAAUUGCAACCUAAUCCAGCCGUGGACAUACAUGUUUUAGCACAAAUUGUAUUUUAUGCAGCUCCCGUGACAACAGGUACUAUAGGGUUGAGUUGUAAUCAAAUAAUUGAGCCCUCUAUAUUAAGCAUGUAAUGAUUUGCUACAUCAAAGGCAUCAUACUACCUUUACUCCCCCCCCCCAAAAAAAAUACCCCCCUUUCUUUAACAACAACACACACUGUCAGAAAUUCACCACAGAAGUACAUUUGUUUUGUUGAUCAGUUGAAUUGGUAGGUGAUUAUCAUUGCUGAAAUCACACCGUGCUGGAGGGAAGAUAUUUUGUUUUCGGUGCACUUGAAGCUACUUCUCUUCAUUUGUCUUGAUUUCUUGCAUGCUGCUGAUUUUUUUUUCUUGCUUUUCUUUAAGCCCACUUUGUAUAGACAGACAGUUUUGCUAAGCGUGAUUGGUGGAUAACGCUGGUAUCUCCUGCAGUGAAUGCAUGUCAGGCAGGCAGUAAUACAGUACAUUACUGUAGAUGCUGGUUAAGUUUCUCUUUUGUCAUCUCUGAAAAGGUGACUUUUAAUGACGUUUAAUGCAAAAUGUAACAUAUGUGAAUAAAAUAUACAGAUGCUCUGA